AUGGAAGAGCCAGCACCAGUGGAAGGCCGAAGUCAGCUCCCAAGCCCCCACUACAGCUCCCUGAGGAAAGCCAUGGCAGCUGCUCUGGUCCUUGAUGGGGAAUCCACCAUGGGGCACAGGAAAAAGAAGAAGAAAGAGUCCCGCCCGGAAUCUAUCAUCAUCUACCGGUCAGAGAGUGAGACCCUGGAUGAAGAGCCUGGGGAAUCAGAAGGUGGGGAUCAGCCUAAAGAGGAGAAGGGAGAGGAUUUCCUAGACUAUCCUCUGGAUGAUGAUUGCUGCCUAGAGAGAGUCUUCAGACUGCAGCAUGGACAGGAAGAAUCCAUUCAGAGCCCGGCAGGCUCCUGGGUAGAAGAGAUGAAGCUGGGAGUCUGGGGAGGCUAA